AUGGCGCCAGCAGCAACAUUGCAAAGCUCCAAUGCGUACGGCUACACUGCCGUGCCCACGAAGCAGUUCGCCGUGAACAGCAUCACAAGCAACACCGCAGAGCACAACGAAGACGUGCUGCGAGAGAUCCGAUGUCUCGCCGCCGACCUCGUCCAGCAGUUCAAGGGCGGUCACCCCGGUACUGCCAUGGGUGCUGCUUCCAUCGGCAUGGCUCUCUGGGGUUCGGCGAUGCGCUUCAAUCCCGCUGAUGGCACCUGGCCCGACCGUGACCGUUUCGUGCUGUCGGCUGGUCAUGCUUGCCUCCUCCAGUACAUGUACCUCCAUCUCACCGGCUACAAGGCGUGGACCAUGGACAUGCUCAAGCACUACCACUCGCCCGACUUCAAGAACAGUCUCGCUGCCGGUCAUCCAGAGAUCGACCCUGAAAACGGUAUCGAGGUGACCACCGGCCCGCUCGGUCAGGGCAUCUCCAACUCGGUCGGUCUUGCCAUCGCGUCCAAGCACAUGGCCGCGCACUACAACAAGCCCGGUUUUGACAUUGUCGCCAACACCAUCUGGUGCUUUACGGGCGACGGCUGCAUCGCGGAGGGUGUCGGCGUCGAGGGUCUCUCUCUCGCCGGUCAUUUGGGGCUCGACAAUCUCGUCCUCGUCUACGAUUGCAACAAGAUCACCGUCGAUGGCACCAUCGACAGCUACGCAUCCGAAGACCACCCUGCCAAGCUCAGGUCCAUGGGCUGGAACGUCCUCGAGGUCGACAACGGUUCCACGGACGUAGUUGCCAUCGUCGACGCCCUCGACCGUGCCAAGAACCUGCGCAACGGCAAGCCCACCUGCGUCCAGAUCAGGACCAUCAUCGGCUACGGCUCCCAGAAGCAGGACACCAAGCCGGUCCACGGCGUCGCCCUCGGCGAUGAAGAUGUCAAGCACGUCAAGCGCACGUUUGGUGCCGAUCAGGACGCCAAGUUUCACCUCUCGCAAAAGACCUACGACACGUUUGCGGGCGCCAAGACAAAGGGUGCGCAGCUGCAGGCGCAGUGGCAGGCAACAUUUGAGGCGUACCGCAAGCAGUACCCCGAGCUGGCGAAGCAAUUUGAGCAGCGCAACGUGCACGGCGACGCUGCUGAUGCUUCGGGCGAGCUCGUCGGUGGCCUGCCCAAAGAGUGGACGACCAUGCUACCUCCCAAAUCUGAGCUGCCCACCAAAGCGAUUCCCACGCGCCAAUCCUCAGGGCUCGCAGUUCAGGCGCUGGUUCCGCACUUCCCGCAAUUCAUGGUGGGAUCCGCCGACCUGCUCGACUCGACCUUCGUCAGCUGGGCCGACCAAGUCGAGUUCCAAAGCCCGCUCAAGCCCGAACUCGGUGGCAGCUUUGCCGGUCGUCAGAUCCGCUAUGGCAUCCGGGAGCACGCCAUGGCGGCCAUCGCCAACGGUCUUGCCGGCUACUCGACCAACGGCUUCAUCCCCGUCAUCUCGACAUUCUUCAUGUUCUUCCUCUACGCUGCGCCAGCGAUCCGCAUGACGGCGCUGCAGAAGCUGCGACUGAUUGGCAUUGCAACGCACGACUCGAUUGGCAUUGGUGAGGACGGACCGACGCACCAGCCGGUUGGAUUGGCAGCGCUGUUCAGGGCGAUCCCGAACGUGCAGUUCAUGCGACCGGCGGAUGCGGAGGAGGUGAUGGGCGCGUGGGAGCUGGCGUUGCAGAAGCAGACCAGUCCUUCCAUUCUCUCGCUCAGCCGACACGCUUUGCCGCUGCUGCCCGGGUCCGAUCGAAAGGCCGUCCACCGUGGCGCAUACAUCGUCCACACUGCUUCGUCCGAGAAUGCCAACGCGAUCCCGCUCACCCUCGUCGCCACAGGCAGCGAGGUCUCGGUCGCCAUCGCAGCCGCCGACCUCCUCGCAACCCGCAACUACGCUGUUAAGGUCGUCUCGAUCCCCUGCAUGUCGCUGUUCGACGCCCAACCCGCGUCCUACCGCCACAGCGUCAUUUCGCCCGAUCACCUCUCGAUCGGUAUCGAGGCGUGGGCGGCCCUUCCUUGGCCCAGGUACACCGGCGCCUCGCUCAGCAUGCACACCUUCGGCCACAGCGGCCCCCAACAGCAGCUCUUUGAGAUGUUUGGCUUCGCACCCGAGAACGUCGCCGAGAAGGUGGACCAAUACGCCACGUCGCGUAUCCAGGACGGCAAGGUCGUGCUACCGCGGAUCGGCGAGUUCGAGGAGCUCCUGCUGGGUUAUGCCGAGGGUCACUAG